AUGGGGAUGGACAGCAAAGAUGAUACCGUUUACUGUGUUGAUUCAGAGAACAGCCUGGUCGCGUUCCCAAGGCGCGAGGCACCCCGGCCGGCAACAUACGAAGACCUGAUAUGGGGCUCAAAACACAUCAUGAUCCCAAAAACACUACACAUGGAAGCGAGGCCCUUCAUGGGACCGUACGAACUGCCCAAGAACAGCACAGAGGACAUCAUGCUAUUCAUCUAUGCCUUCAUACAGUACGGCGAGUUUGGUAGGGUCAGUGUACCGACGAUCCGCUCUCAUGGCUACGACUUCCACGAGCCUCCAUUCCAACUCAGGAGCGCAGAACAGCGCCCCUUCGGCCCGGAGAAGCAAGCAUACCGCAGGGUGUGUGAUAGGGUUGAUCACAUUAGACUGUUCAAGACCGCGGACGAAACAGGCUUUUCAGAGCUGCGCUGCCACGCUCUACAGCGCUUACACAACGUGCGCUUCGACUCUCGUAGUCCCAUUGAAGCAUUAGAGGAGGUCUACAACAUAAGCACCGACGGCACACCCCCUCCUCAUCCCGAUCUCCGCCACUGGGCCAGGAAAUUCCUGAUACCGUUCAUGCCCGUAGACUUGCCGUUCCGCGACCCGCGAAGCUUUCUGGAAUGGCACGGGGUCGUCGAUACCUUCAUUCGCUUAGACUCAGAGGACGAAGGAGCUUUUGAAAAGUUGUUGGAUCAGAGCAACGCGCUGUGGGAUGACACGGAGCUGGUGGAAGCCAAGCUGGAGGCCGAUUGCUACAGACAGCUGGGACUUCGCCAAUCCCGCGAAGAUUGGGAAGCCUGGUUCGCUAGGAAUACUGCUGGUGCGUACGAACGCCGAGAAAAGUUGCGCCAAGGGGAGGCCGAUCCGGAUCCUGAACGAAUGCGUGGCUGCAAGGGUCCUGGAGAUGGGCGAAGCGAUGGAGAAUUUUUGUACGCUGAGCUGAUCGCGCCACUGCUGAUUCCAUCGCGAUACCCACGAAUUUGA